AUGGCCCAGCUUUUGAAGCCUGCCCAGAGAGGGUUACGGGGUGUAAUGGCACAGCUGACCCACAGUCAGCAGACCCCAGUGGAUGGAUGCAUCCACCGUGCAGCCGGACCUCUGCUGAAAGAAGAAUGCCGGACACUGAAUGGUUGCGAGACUGGAAAAGCGAAAAUCACCUGUGGGUACCGUCUCCCAGCUAGAUUUGUGAUUCACACAGUGGGGCCCAUCGCCCAGGGCCAGCCCAGUUCCUCGCAGGAGACCGAACUCGGCGACUGCUACAAGAACAGCUUGAAACUCGCCUUGGAAAACAAGCUGCAAACAGUGGCCUUCCCCUGUAUUUCCACCGGGGUGUUUGGCUACCCGAAUGACGAUGCUGCGGAGGUUGUUCUCAACACAUUACACAGUUGGCUAGAAGGCAACAAGGACAAGGUCGAGCGGCUGAUCGUCUGUGUUUUCCUGGAAAAGGACGAUGAAAUUUAUAAGGAGAAGCUGCCCAAGUUUUUUCCCAUCGGUGGUGAAAGGACAAUCAAUGGCUUUCUGGGAGCCUUCCUCACCCUUCCUCUCAUUUCCAGCCUGACCCCCCGCUUCCCAUGCGCCGAAGGCGCAGAUCCCGCUGAGGAACCUCCGUCCUCAAAGCUCUGAAGUGGCUCCCCUGCAAAUCCCGCUGCUUCUCUGCAGGAGGAGACGCCGGAUCUUUUCCAAGGGGGGAAAGCUAGGAGAAAACAGCCCCCCCCCCUCUUCUUCUUCUUCCCCAGGCGCGAUCGGCCGCAAUGCCGGAAUAAAAAUGAAAAGAGGA